UUCGACUCGACAAUGGCUGGCGCGAAAAUUGACGUUUCUUCUUGUGUAUUGUGAUAAUUUUACUGCUCGAAUGUUUUUAUUUACACUGCAUUCAAAAUACUGCAAAAAUAUACCAUGUAUUAUUUCCUGGUUGAUAAAAAUAGGGCGUUGAUUUAAUCGGUGUCUAUGUUAGCAAUAAUUAUAAAAAUAUCGGGGUUGGAUGUACAGCUGUUUCAAUCAUGGGUAUCACUGGGUUGAUCCCUUUUUUAGAAAAAGCCUCAAAGAAAGUUAAUAUUGGUGAAUUUAGUGGUUGUACUGUUGCUAUUGAUUCAUACUGUUGGUUGCAUAAGGGGGCCUUUGCUUGUGCUGACAAGUUAGUGCGGGGCGAAAACACCGACAUACACAUAAAAUAUUGUUUAAAAUAUGUGACAAUGCUCCUAUCGAAGAAUAUUAAACCAGUUCUUGUGUUUGAUGGAAGACAUCUGCCUGCUAAGGCUAUGACGGAAUCCAAGAGACGAGAAUCCAGAACAAUAUCAAAGAAAAGAGCAGCUGAAUUAUUAAGUUUGGGAAAGGUUGAAGAAGCAAGAUCAUACAUGCGUCGCAGCGUUGAUAUCACUCACGCUAUGGCUCUAGAACUGAUCAAAGAAUGCCGCAAACGUAACGUGGACUGUAUAGUAGCACCUUAUGAAGCAGACGCACAGUUGGCAUAUUUAAACAUGAAGAACAUAGCUCACUUGGUUAUCACUGAGGACUCUGAUUUGAUACUAUUUGGAUGUACUAAGGUUCUAUUCAAAAUGGACCUCGACGGCACUGGCACGUUAGUGGAAACAGCCAAACUUCCUCUAGUCAUGAACUGUCCAAUAGAGCGGUAUACGUUCGAUAAGUUCAGACAGAUGUGCAUCAUGUCCGGCUGUGAUUAUUUAUCGUCUUUGCCCGGGAUAGGCUUAGCUAAAGCCAGGCAGUUUGUUACAGCCACACAGGAUCCGAAUUUUGCUAAUGCACUAAAGAAACUGCCCAGUUUCUUCAACAAGUCUUCCUUGACGGUAUCUGAUGAGUAUAGGGAGAACUUCUUGAAAGCAGAGGCAACAUUCAAACACCAGUAUGUGUAUGAUCCACUUCGGAGACAAAUGGUGCGUUUAACAGAACCUGAUGAUGAAGACAUAGAGCAAGCGUUAUGUGUUAAUGCUGGCGAGCUGCUUGACGCAAAGAUCGCCUUCCAAUUAGCUUUAGGGAACUUGGACCCGUUCACUUUGAAGAAAAUGGACGAUUGGCAUCCCGAAGACCGUGUUGUGAACGGCCACGUAAAAACGGACAGUUGGAAAGAGAAAGGCAUAUCGAACCACCCCAGCAUAUGGGGAGGUAAUUUCGAACAAUAUUUGGACGAUCCAUGUCCUUGGGCCCGGAAGGUCAAGAAAGUGGAACCCAUAAUCGGGGUGCCCCUCACCAGACCGAGGAAAAAAGUGGUUAAUAUGGUCAGCAAAUAUGUACCGGAGACCCAAGAUGAAAGUAUUACAAUAGAAUCUUUAACCAGUAUGUACUGUACAGAGCCAGCAUCUAAAAAACAGAGAACCGACAGCAAUAACGUUAAAAAUGACAGUGAAACAUUCACACAAUAUGAUACACAAGGUAGUCAUAACAUAGCACUAUGUGAAGAAGAUAUAGUAGCAAAUAUACAAAAAGAGAAGUCACCAAUCCUAGAAAAUAAGCAGCGGUCAUACACGAAAUGCCUCAGAAAAAACGGUUGUGAUAUACUUAAAAGACUGAGUAAGUUUCCUAGGACGAUAGUAGGUGAGAAUGUUGUUGAAAGUAAAUUUUUCAGCUCGAACCAAUCAACUGAACUAAAUGUAUCAAAAGAGGUUGUCAUAGAAGAAUCUCCGGAGAGAGUAAGCAAGAAUCCGUUCAAAGUGAAACCCGUAGCUUCUAUCAAUAUGGAUGUAGAGUUGAAAAUUGAAACAGAAGUUUUAGAAGAGCAGCUUAAAAUUUCACAAAAGGAGAACUCGCCUCAAAACAGCCCGAGAAAGUCUAAGAGUCCUAUAAUAGAGUUAAAUCUAUGGAAUGGACCUGUAAGAGAAAGUGAUUCAUCCUUUGAGUUGUGUACGGAAGGAUCUGUGAUAGAAAAUACUUAUCCGUACGAAACUUUGGUUACUCCAGUUGAUUCACAGUCGUCAUUUGGCUCAUCUCCACCACCGAAGUGUUCCUGGCGCGGCAGUCAGCCUCGUUCCGCGCUGAGUCAGUGUAACAAGGGCAACAAGAAGACCGCCCUCAAACGGACUACCUCGUUGCCCAGCAAUCAGCCCACUCUGCUGAGCAAAUUUGGGUUUCAGAAAAAGCCAGUACUGAAGAGAUGAGAAAUUGCCAAUAUUAUGUUACGCAUUUAAAAGAAAUUACGUUUUGUUUGAUCACCGAAAUAUGUAUCGAGUUUAUUGUGUUAUAUAAGUAUACGUUAUGGAAUGUGAUAUGUUUUGUUAAGUACAAUUAUGAUGAUCUCGCAGUAU